UCCGUAUACCCGUCGUGUGUCUGCCAGAUCAGACAUCAUGUACAACCUCGCCCGCGCCCGGCCGCUGGCCAACGCCCUCCGCGCUGCCAACACAGUGAAGCGCUCUGCAGUCCAGCAACGGAGAUGUCUGUCGAUCCACGAAUACAGGUCCGCCGCGCUGCUCGAAUCGUACGGCAUUGGCGUGCCCAAGGGUGGUGUUGCGACCAACGCCGCAGAGGCUGAGCAGGUCGCUAAGAGCAUCGGCGGUGACGAUGCCGUUAUCAAGGCCCAGGUUCUCGCUGGAGGUCGUGGAAAGGGUACCUUUGACAACGGCUUCAAGGGCGGUGUCAGAGUCGUCUACUCUCCCCGCGAGGCCGCCAUCCUCGCAGACCAGAUGAUCGGCCACAAGCUGAUCACCAAGCAAACCGGAGCCGCUGGCCGUCUCUGCAACGCCGUCUUCAUCGUCGAGCGCAAGUUUGCGCGCCGUGAAUUUUACCUCGCCAUCCUCAUGGACCGUGGAUCGCAAGGCCCCGUCAUUGUCGCAUCGUCGCAAGGUGGCAUGGAUAUCGAGACUGUCGCCAAGGAGAACCCCGAGGCUAUCAUCACCACCCCCAUCAACAUCCACGUUGGUGUUACCGACGAGAUCGCCCGCACCAUCGCUACCGAGCUCGGCUUCUCAGAGCAGUGCAUCGAGGAUGCCAAGGACACCAUCCAGAAGCUGUACAAGGUCUUCAUGGAGAGGGAUGCAACCCAGAUCGAGAUCAACCCUCUGUCCGAGACCACCGACCACCAGGUUCUCGCCAUGGACGCCAAGCUCGGAUUCGACGACAACGCCGACUUCCGUCAGAAGGAGGUCUUUGAGUGGAGGGAUUUCACCCAGGAGGACCCCGAUGAGGUCAAGGCCGCUAAGGUCGGGCUCAACUUCAUCAAGCUUGACGGAGACAUUGGCUGCCUCGUCAACGGUGCCGGUCUUGCCAUGGCCACCAUGGACAUUAUCAAGCUGAACGGUGGUUCUCCCGCUAACUUCUUGGACGUUGGAGGCGGUGCCACACCCGAGGCUAUUCGCCAGGCUUUCGACCUCAUCACAUCCGACCCCAAGGUUACCGCCAUCUUUGUCAACAUCUUCGGUGGUAUCGUCAGGUGUGAUGCCAUCGCUCAGGGUCUGAUCCAGGUCGUCCAGCAGAUGAACCUGAAGACCCCCGUCAUUGCGAGAUUGCAGGGAACCAACAUGGAGGCGGCACACAAGCUGCUCAACGACUCCGGCCUCAAGAUCUUCUCCAUCGACGACCUACAAGCCGCCGCCGAGAAGUCUGUGCAGUUCUCCAAGGUCGUCAAGAUGGCCCGUGACAUUGACGUUGGUGUCGAAUUUACUCUUGGUAUUUAA